AUGUUCAUUGGAGGGUUGAAUUGGGAUACUACGGAUGAAUCCCUGCGCGACUACUUUACGCAAUUCGGCAAAGUGGACGCAUGCACGAUUAUGCGGGAUGCAGCGGGACGAUCUAGAUGUUUUGCGUUUUUGACGUUUGAGGAUCCUGCGAGUGUGAAUGCUGUUAUGGUUCGAGAGCAUGUGCUUGAUGGGAAAAUCAUCGACCCUAAACGCGCGAUCCCGCGCCAAGAACACCAACGAGCAACGAAACUAUUCAUCGGAGGUCUCGCGGGCAGUGUGACAUCCGAAUCGAUGCGCGAGUUUUUCAGUCAGUUUGGGAAAGUGAUUGAUUCUACUGUUAUGCUUGAUCGUGAGACGGGACGGAGUAAGGGGUUUGGGUUUGUGAGUUUUGAAGAUACGAAUGUGCAGCCUUUUUUGGGGUUUGGGAAUUUGGAGAUUGAUGGGAAGUUGAUUGAUGUGAAGCUUGCGCAGCCGAGGUAUCAGCGCGAUAAUUUCCCGCAUGAAGAUGCAGCUGUAGCCGGCGGCGACUUUUCGAGCGGAGGCGGGGGCGGUAUGGGUGGUGGCAUGGGCGGUGGCGGCGCGCCGCGGUUCAAUCAACAAGGAGGAGGAGGAGGAGGUGCAGGUGGAUUUGGAGGUGCAGGUGCAGCUGGUGGGGGUGCAGCAGCUCCCGCGGGGGGAGCGGGGAAUACGCCGUUUGAUCCGCAGGCGCUUGCGGCGCUUUAUACGCGCAUGUUCCAGAUGUCGGGUGCGGGUGCUAUGAAUCCUGCUAUGAUGGCUGGUGGGAUGGCAGGGGGGAUGGGGGGUGCGAUGGGUGCGGGUAUGGGGGGUGCGAUGGGGGGAGGGAUGAAUCCGAUGAUGGCUGCUGCUAUGGGCGGUGCGGGUGGGUUUGCGGGGGGGAUGAGGCCGGGGAUGGGGAUGGGGAUGGGGAUGGGCGCGGGUAUGGGGGGUGGGCAGGGGAUGGUUGGGAUGGGAAGGGGCGGUGCGGGGAUGAUGGGUGUGGGAGGGGGAGGUGCGGGUGGAGGAGGGGGGGGGAUGAAUCAGAAUAUUCCGAGGGGCCCGAGAGGGGGUCCUGGGGGCCCGCCGGGGGCGAUGGGUGCGGCGGGUGUUGGGCCGCAGAGGAGUCAGAGGGGGCAUAAUAAUUUCCAUCCGUAUGCCCGGUGA